AUGCUAUUAAAGGCACUAUUUGUUGUAGUGGCUGGUCCUUGGCAUGUUGCUGGGAAAUUGUUGAUCCUUAAACCAUGGGCACCUCAAAUGGUUCUAACUAAGGAGAAGCUGAGAACUAUUCCUAUAUGGGUACAAUUUUCUAAUAUCCCUUUGGAAUUUUGGAUAGAACAAGGUCUUAGCUAUAUAGCUAGUGCAAUUGGUAAGCCCCCCCAUGCUGAUGAUCUAGCAGAGAAGGGGCAGAGGCUGACUUUUGCAAAUAUCUAUGUUGAAGUAAAUGUUGAUUCUCCUUUUUUGGAAGUGGUAGAAGUGGAGUAUGCUAAUGGUCUAUCUGCUUUUAUUAAUGUUAGAUAUCCAUGGAAACCCUCCCGAUGUUCUGAAUGUCAUGUCUUUGGGCAUACUGUGGCUAGUCACAAGGACAAGGUUGCUGUGAAUGGUGACCCUACAAAGCUGGAGUCUAAUCCUAUAGUUGUUGAGCAAGCUGUGAUAGCUCCUAUUGGGUUUGUUUUGAAUGAUUCUAGUUCUCUCAGGGUGAUCCCUAGAGGCUCUAACAAUUCUACAGGAGCUAACGUUGGGCCUAGUCCUGUCAAAGUGCUCGGUCUUUCAUCUCCCACUCAUAUUCAGGUUUGUGAUUCGGCUGGAAUAGAUAAGAUUGUUCAAACAUAUGCUUCAGAAACUGUUUCACCUAAGGUGUCUAUUUCUUCUAAGGUGUUUGGUAAAGGUUCCUUGGAGGUGUCUCGGCUUCCCUCUAAAUCUGAUUUGGGUGACAUUGGCGUUGUGAUUAGCACCUCUGGGAAUAAAUUCUAUCCUUUGGCUGAGAAUUGUCUUGAGCUGGAUGGGGGUGUCUCUUCCUUGCAUGCAGUCGGUGUCUCUUAUUCUGGCUGUGGGUCUGUUCUUCCUACCCCUGUCAGAGAGGGUGUUGUGACUAAAGACCCUUUUCUUGGAAGAGUUGCUUCUCUUCCUGCUCCUAAGGAUGGGAAGGCUAAAGCUAAGGGCAGAGGACGUGAGGCUAAAAUUAGGCCUGAAAAUAUGUCUCCUUCUACUGGCCAUUGUUUCCUUGUGCAUUGGCAUCAUGUUCAUAAUUUGGGGAGCCUCCCAGCUGCUCGAAUUAUUGUAGGCUGGGAUCCAAGCCUGCUUUCUGUUUCCUUGGUCUUCUCUUCAGUUCAAAUAAUUUUUCUUUCUGUUGAGAUUCAUACUGAACAUAAGAGCUUUUUUGUUUCUAUGGUUUAUGGUUUGAAUUAUGCUAGAGAAAGGAUCAGUUUAUGGAAUGAGUUGAGAAUGUUAUCUUCCUCUUUAGGUGGCUUUGCUUGGGUGAUUAUGGGGGAUUUUAAUGUUGUGAGAACUCCAGCAGAACGAUUUACAUGGACUGACAAGAGGGGUGGCAUUGGUGAUAAUAAGAUUAGGCUUGAUAGGGUGGCAAUCAAUGAGGGGUGGAUGGAGUUAUUCACUGAUUCUGAGGUUGUUGGGCACCCACCAGGGAUCUCUGAUCACUAUACCCUUGUUAUGACUAUGGUUCACAAUAAAUUUAAAGCCUAUCCUUUCAGAUUUUUCAAUUUUUGGAUGGCCGAUGACAGAGUUUGUGGUUUGAUUGAUUCUUCUUGGAACAAAGAUGUUUGUGGUGAUCCUAUGCUCAGGCAUAGCUCUAAGAUUAGGAGGCUUAAACUUGUGCUUAAGGCCUUUCAUAAGGAGCAUUAUGGUAAUCUUAGUGGUAGAGUGGAGAUAGCCAGGUCUAAUCUGGUUAAAAUUCAGAAUUUAUGUUUUCAAUUCUCUCAUGAUGUUACUUUGUGUGAGCUUGAGAAGGACCUUGGUCAACAAUUCUAUGCCCCCAGUUCCAUUGAAGAAGUAUUUAAAAAACAAAAAUCUAGAGUUCAAUGGCUUGCUUUGGGAGACAAGAAUACUAAGUUCUUUCACCAAAAGAUGCAUGCUCAUAGGGUGAAAAAUAACAUUCUGAGCUUGGUUAAUGAUCAAGGAGUGAGACUUGAGGAUCCUGUUGCUAUUGAAGAAGAAAUUCUUGGGUAUUAUCAGAGACUUUUGGGGUCUGAUUUCAUGUACAAAUAG